AGCUGAAAGCGGUCAAAUUAAAUAAAAAUGCCGCCAAACAGUGAAUCCUACAACUUAGAUGAGUUGGAAGCACCCAGCUGGCUGGAUGCAGAAUAUGUAAAAGAGAUAUUGAGUAGCCAUGAGAACGAUGAGAAUGUCGAAGUAAUCGCUUUAAAGAUAACACCCGCUAGCGGCAAAGGAGAUCAUUAUGCAAGUGUUAUGUUCAGAGCAACGGUCGAGUAUAAGACGUCAAAGGGAAAUUUCAACAAGUCGCUGAUUAUCAAGACUAUGCCCGAAAAAGAUGGUCACAAAAAGGAUAUGCUGGAUGAAUCUCACAUCUUCGAUACGGAGAUUAAAAUGUACACAGAGUUACUACCCAGGUUCGAGGAGAUCUUGCGAGAUGCUGGGGAUGAGACCUCGUUAUACGUGCCCUGUAUUUAUCACAGCUUAAAGCCACGGCAGGUAAUGGUCUUUGAGGAUCUUUUGCCUCAGGGUUACGUUGUGGUCCGUGAUCGCCAGCCAACAAUAGAGGAGGUCCACAGUGCCUUUACAAAACUAGCAAAGUGGCAUGCUGUUAGUUACAAACUGAACAAAGAGGAACCCGGCUUGUUGGAGAAAUGCAAGCACAGCCUGAUGGAACUUCCAAAGAUUACAGAGGAACCCCUGUUCUCAACAGGCAUGGACUUUUUCCUGCAGAUGUUGGACUCUCAGCCGGAUCUGAGAGUUUAUAAGCCAUAUUUUGAAAAAAUACGUCCCACUUACUUGCAGCAUUGCGUAAACACUUUCCGAGAGUAUCGAGUGAAUCCUCAAGAGGACGCAUACUAUGUUUUGUGCCAUGGCGACUUUCAUUUGAGGAAUAUGAUGUUUAAACAUAAUAAAACUACGGGACAAUUGGAGGACUGUAUGCUUCUCGACUUUCAGAUGUGCAAUGUGGGUCCCAUGGCCAAUGACAUUCUUUAUGCCAUCUAUAGUUUGUUGUCUCCGGAGCAAAGACAAAACAAUCGCGAUGAGCUUGUCUACUUUUAUUAUUCAAAGUUUAUCGAAACAUUGAAUAAAAUCAAUUAUGAUGGCGAAAUCCCCACUCUGGUGAAGUUUCGUGAGCAGCUUUUGCGGCACAAAUAUUUGGAUUUCUUUUUGUUCACAUCUUUUUUGCCUCUCUUUGUUGCACUUCAUAAUGGCGACUUUGCACUGUCUGAUAUGAUUGAGGACAAAGAGCUGAGAUCUACUUUUUAUAAUUAUAAAGAAUAUUUGGCGGAAGUUCGACACAACUUACCACGUUAUUUACAUCUGGGAUACUUUGACGAUUUGGAGUAAUAAACAAUUGAAGUCAUUUGUCAUUGCUUAUUUUGCACACACUCACGCACAGACUACAAAUGUAACGGUUAAUGCAUUAAUCAUGCUUACAUUAUUAGAAGCUCAUUAAUUAUGGUUGAUUUUAAAGCACUAAAAUUAUCCCGAAUUGUACAACUACACUUAGUUUUUUGCAAUUAAAAGAUAUUAAUCUUUUACUUUA